AUGCCAGGGGGCAGCUACGACAACGACCAGAGAAGAGACGCCAAAUCUAUGCCAUCUGGCAGCAACGCUGGGGGAGAACAUCAUAAGGAGCUAAAGGGAGAGGGAGAGGGAGAUAAGAGGGGGAGGAAGAACAAUAAGGGGGAGAUGAAUGCAAUGGAUACUCAGGCUGAGAUCAACAGACUCCAGGACGAGGACUUGGAGGCGUAUCGUCGCAUGCACAAUCAAACUGAAAAAACGAAAGCAGUCGGUCAUAAAACCCUUCAGAAUCUGGGCGAACAAGGCGAGAAGUUAGAUGACAUCAACCGUCGUCUGGACUCGAUGGACAAGGACCUCAGCUCGGCCGAGAGGGACUUGGACGACCUGAAGGCCGGCUGUUGUGGGUGUGGCCAGAAGAUCAAACGCCAGAAGGGUGACAAAUACAGAGACAACUACCGGAAGAAAAGUGGCGAAUCUUCAGCCAAUUCUGCAUCUGAGGACAUCGGCAAGAAAAAGCACAAAAAAGGCAAAAAGAAAGAUGCGAGGUCCACCACCCCUCUGAGUCAGCGCCACUACGUGGACGAGAGGGAGCGGGAGAUGGCCGAAUACGACAGAGCGAUAGACGCGAACAUCCAGGAGUUGAAGGCACAGGCGAAUGCAAUGAGUGCAGAGAUAGACCGACAGAAUAAGCAGAUCGGAACCACCACCGCACACGCCAAGCGCAACUCGGAUAGGGUUGGACAGCUGAACACGGCCGCCGAGAGUGUACUAAAGAGCAAAUGA